UUCAAGCAUUUUUGCUUUCUUCCAUGGAGACCACGGAGAGACCUGUGCUAGUGAUCGGCAUCGACGACAGCUCUCACAGCUUCUACGCUCUCGAAUGGACUCUCGAUCAUUUCUUCUCAUCCCCCCAAACCAAGCCUUUCAAACUCGUCAUCGUUUACGCUCGCCCCCCAGCGUCUUCCGUUGUCGGGUUCGCCGGACCCGGGUUACCUGAUAUUAUAGCCCAUGUGGAUUCUGAUCUGAAGAAGGCGGCUGCUAGGAUUGUUGACAAGGCAAAGCAGAUGUGCAACAGCAAAUCAGUAACGUCUCAUUUCGUAGUUUAA